AUGGAGCCCGAAAGGCCCAGAUCUGGGCCGGGCGGGCGCCGCCAGCCCGCGCCGCCGCGCUGCCCCGCCGCCAACGGCGCGCCUCCGCCUAUAGCUCGCCCCCGCCUGCGACAGGACACCCCGCCACCGCCCGAGGCGGGCGCCGGCGACGGCAGUAGGGAGGAGGAGGAGAGAGGGGGACGCGCGCGGGGAAGGAGGGGAGGCGCGGCCGGCGGCGCGUGUCUCUAUCGCUAUCCUAUUUUCCAAGUGAUAUGCCCAGGGCCUGCUGUCCGUGUAGGCAAGGACGUGGCAAUGCUAGAUGGUAUUGUCUUUGACGACAUGGCAACGAUGGAUUUUUGCCAGCUAGUAGUGGAUGAGUUAAAGCGUGCUGCUAUCAUAUGGCAAGAUCCAAAUAUCAUUCAAGCAGGGAAAGUGAAUGAGUUAGCUGCUGAGGUUUCCACGACUUCUGAUCGCCUGGGCUAUAUUGCUAGCAUUUUUCCUGAAGGUCAUGGACCAAGUGAACAAGCAAUGAAGGAGGCUACGGAGUGUGAUGUUGCUAACAUUGAUAGUCUGCAGAGCGCGACAUCAUAUAUUCAUACUGCUUUCAACGAGUUGAAUAGGGAACACGAUGCCAUAUGUAAAGGUUUUGAAAAUGAUGCUCGUAUUAUUGUGAGUCAGAUUAGCAAGCAGAAGGAUGAUGUGUCUCAGCCUGUUCACGGUGAAGAUGCUAUCGGGCAGCCAGGCGAGGAGGGUAGUGUUAACGCACCGGAUGGUGAAGAAGAUGAGAAGCCAGAGCCCACUGCCGAAUCUCCACCGCAUGGUUAUAGUGACGGCGAUGUCAUGGAUGAUGAUCGUUUGGGCGGUGAUUCUGAUGAGGGUUGUGAGGGUGUUGAUGACAGUGUUGACCUUAUGGAGAUAAUUUCCGCACCAGUUCAGCCCCCAGCCCUAGGUGAAUGCGGCAAAUCUGAUGAGCCAGAGCUUGUGCAGCAAGUCUUUGCGUUGACCUUUCCAAAGGCAAGCAAGCCGACUUUGAUUGUCAUGAGGUUGUGUCAGUUACGCUUGAUGGUGGUGCAGCAGGGAAUGAUCAUGCUUCAUAUGAUUCAAGUCGUUUUGUCGUUGACAAAGUUGAAUGUAGUUCAGCAUUGCCUGAAGCUAGACAGAUGCCCGGAGGGGCUUGCGCGAGUGUUUUUGUCAUGGAUGGCGGUGUUGACGCUGCUGGUCUAA